AUCUCAAACGAGGCUGCGUGGGGCCUGUGUGUCCUUAUCCCGGUGAGAAGGUAGCCGCCCGCUGUCACUUACUCACCCCCUUCCGUCACCCUCUACCCGCCACCUUUUGCCCUCCGUCCUACCCACCUACAACUGCAAGUGGUUGCUGCCCGUUAGCGCGUCUUUCCCCUGCAUCACCCUCAGUCUCCGUGCUUCCAGCAGUACGCCUGCCUGCUCCCCGGUAUCAGCGGAGCCUCCCCAGUGACGGUCCACGAGCCGAUAAAACUCGGGAGCGCCCUCGCUACUGUCUCUUGAAGCGCCGUCACACCACGGUACACACAUAGCCAAGGUGCCUUUGUCCGCUUGCUCAGUACAAGGCGGAAUGGAAGGGCUGAAGACAGGAAGGUGCCCCCUCGUGUUCCUGGGUGUUCUGUUUCUGCACGUCGGUUGGGUGCUGGGAGACUGGGAACACUCGUGUUCACUAGAGACAAAGAGGGAGGGACCACAGGGGAUCUGUGGGUCGCGUCUCCCUGAUGUGCUAGAGCUCGUGUGUCGGGUGUACGGGGGUUACACAGAGAAGUGGUUCCGGAAGCGGAGUGACGAAGAUAGUAAAAACAGAAUAAAAGAUAUUAUUUUAGGAAAAAGGGAUGCUCUCUCCUAUCUUAGUAAACGAAGCACAAGCUCAUUCGGCGAGCAGGGAAUUACCUGCGAAUGUUGUUACCACAGGUGUUCCUACUCAGAGCUCCGGCAAUACUGCAAAUUGUCACAGUUAACAGGGGGUCGACGACCACUACACCUGGGGCGUAAAUAGCUGGACUCCCACCCACCUCUUCAUACCUGCCUCCCCCACCCCGCUGCUAGCUGUCCAGCCUCUUCCGGCUUCACCCUCACCCUCUCUAGCAUAUGAUGACUAACCAGGUGAUGCUUGACAAACCAGUGCUUCUGUUUACUUUGCUGACGGUGCUUGAAAUUCUUGUGCACGAUAACAGCACCUGCGACUCGGUGAUGUGACAAGACGCCAUAGUGUAUGUGUGGCUAAUGCUUGGCCAACUUCUUGAAGGCAAAAAUAAGACAUCAACAAAUUGAAGAGGCUUGCUCAAAAGCACCACAUAAAAGACUUGGAUUUAUGGUGUCUGUACGAUUGCUUUGGACAGUGGAAUAUAGUCAGUGACAUAAUACAAUUGUGACAGUGACAAUAGGUGAAGAAAUGUUGUACACGCCAAAGGUGCAAGAUCAGACUUGCCUUAAGGUCCUUUCCUUAUCAAAACACAUCCUUAAAUAUUCCAUUUAAUCCCGAGCGUGCUGAUCUUGCACAUGAGGUCUAAAUCAGAGCAUCAAACCAUGUGCAAUUCUGAUCUUGCAUUUUUUCGAUACAACAACGCGUUGAUCUGAAAAUCGUGUUCUCUGGUACCUCCAGGCCUCUUGGACUCAAUCAGGAGGGAAUUGUUUGUUUCAUUACAUGAGUUUGUUAAUACAAAAGUGUAUCUGUUUCAUUUGAAACCUUUAAGUGCCAUCAUGUCAAAUUUAUGUCCGUCAAGCAUUCGUUCCCCUUUGUACAACAGUCUAUAUCAUCUCUGAAGAGUUUAUGCAAACUACACGAGGUUUUAGAUUUCUUCACUAUAUCCUUUCACUCAUCAGAUUUAUUUUAUCCGACAAUGCACCGUAUUGUACAUGUAAUCAUAGAGCAUUAGAGAGUUUUUUGGCCAGCCAGAGAUAAAAGACACAGGAUCAAAGCAUUGCUAUCCCUCAUCACGACCGGUUUAACGUGCAUAUUGAUUUCAAGACAGAAACGUCCAUUAAUAACUCUGAAAAUUCGUCUUUUAGUAUUUACACAGGAAUCCAUUGAGGAUAUUGAUGAUGGUUUUGGAUAUUUUUAUCUGAACAUCUACGGUAAUAUUAAAAAGUUUAAGUGCUCAUGAGAAGUAAUAUUAUUCACAGUUAAGUAUCCAGAAAAGGCUUAAAUGACACUGAAGAGGUUUAGUACUCGCUUCAAAGCCAAAAAGCAUCCAGUUGUUAUUAUGGAAAACAUGUCUUACUUACUUGAAGAUGAGGCGUUUUUCUUCGCCCACAGCAUAACACACGUUGUAAAAACGAGCAAUAUCUCCCUAUUUCCUUUUCUUGUCAUGCAAUAGGUAUGUUCAGAUGUUUGCAAACGCUGACGCUAAUGUGCUCAUGAAACCUGAUAGCUCUGAAAAGAUGUUCUUGAAGCAAACAAGUUUAACGUAUUUUGUCGAUCUGAAAAUAACACAUUACUUACGUUUUUCUGUAACAGUUGUCACUGUUGUUACCGUAGCAACGGUUUGUUCAUUAAAGAAAGAUGUAUAGAUUUACACAACAUGAAUUACAUAUUUUAUGAGACAGUAGGGAAGAUAUUAGAUAUUAAGCAGUCAUAAUUUCUCUCAAGACAGAUGCUUGUGGAUAUUGAGAAAAUGCUAUUACGAUGUUCUAAGUGAUGGCAGAUUAAAAGUAUACGUUAGUAUCAAUUGUACCUUUGUAUGUUUGUACUUAUAUUCUCAUUUAUGCCGCGUUUCUUUUAUUUAGUCCUUUGUAUUGAACAAUUCGAUCAGACAAUAUCCCAUGUAUUUGUAUGUCAGUAUGACUGUGCUGUCUCAAUUACUGCUCAUGUGAUGUUUAUAUGAUGAGAUGUCGGCACGAUGAUGCAGGAUGCUACAUGGCGAUUAGGUGGUGGGCUGUUCCACUGUGUCCGCCAGAUGGCGUGGUGUUACAUCUGACCAACAGGUGGCAGGGUGUUACAUCUGACCGUCAGGUGGCGCGUUACAAGGUGACCACAAGGUGGCAGGGUGUUACAUGGUGACCAACAGGUGACGGGGUUUUACAUAUAACCAACAGGUGGCGUGGUGUUACAUCUGACCACCAGGUCGCAGCGUAUUACAUCUAACCACCAGGUGACAUGGUUUUACAUCUGACCAACAUAUGGCGUGGUGUUACAUGGUGACCACCAGAUGACAGGGUUUUACAGGGUGACUAUCGUAUGGCAACGUCACAGGUUGUUAUACUACAACCAUCAGGAGGGUAUUUGGGUGUCAGGUGGUGACUGCAAGGUGGGGGUUGUUACGUGGUGGCCAUCAGCCGGCGUGGUUGUUGCAUGCCAUCGGGGAGGAGUGCACCGUAACAUGGAUGUGUGAUGGGGCGCGCUGUAACAUGUCGUCGGCUGGGAGGUUCACCGUAACAUUGCUGCCUGCGGAGAGAGGAAGGGGUGGAUGGGAGAAAGGUGGAGGGGUACACCGUAACAUUCUGCAUGCUGGGAGGUUCACCGUAACAUUGCUGCCUGCGGAGAGAGGAAGGGGUGGAUGGGAGAAAGGUGGAGGGGUACACCGUAACAUUCUGCAUGCUGGGAGGUGCACCGUAACAUUCCUCCCGCUUGGUUGGGCACUCGUAUCAUUCUGUCUGUCAUUUGAGAUUCCGUGACAUGAUGACUUCUCUGUGGUAUGUUGUGACAUACCGCCCUUGAGAGAUUUCAAAAUUGACUUCUAAAUCAACGAUACGGAUGUCUGCAUGAAUAAAUAAAAUGUCUGCAAACGUUGACAUAUGUGCACAUGUUCACAGACAGCUUUGGUGUCACAUGUUUCACAUGUUGAGGCAUCAUAUCAAAUCCGUGCUGGAACAUGUACAAGAGACAAGACAGAUAUGGUCCAGGGUGAUCAAGAUGUCGCGAACCUGGCUGUAUUCGGUUAAAGUGGUUAAAACGUCCACCCCUACCAGAGAUCCUAGGUAAUACGAUGGUGAUAACCAUUGUACCCCUCUCAACCAACACGGGGCGGUCGGGUAGCCUGGUGGUUAAAGCGUUCGCUCGUCACACCGAAGACCCGGGUUCGAUUUCCCACAUGGGUACAACGUGUGAAGCCAAUUUCUGGUGUCUCCCGUCGUGAUAUUGCUGGAAAAUUGCUAAAAGCGGCGUAAAACUAAACACUUACUCACUCACUCAACCAACACGCACUAUUCAUGACCUCUGCAAUUCCCCAACCCUUCUCCCAACGCUCUUCAUGCCAACCCAUUGUUCCUCCCCUCCUCCUCCCCUCCCUCCCCAACCACCACACGCCAUGGUUCGCCUGUAUCCACCUUUGUCUGCUUGAACGGGAGGAGUUGGUUUUGGAAAGUGGUGGGAAUAAACAGUAAACAUCA